AUGGACGACACCGAACUCAGCAUCAACGCACAAGACGUCGAGCGUCUCACAGACCGCGAGAAGCGAGAGCUGCAAGGCUUCCUCCAGAGCGAGUCACAAAAAGCUCAGGUUCAAAAGCAAAUCCACGAAUUGACCGAGUUGUGCUUCAAGAAAUGCAUCACGGGCUCGAUAUCAUCGGGAAAACUGGCUGGCAAAGAGGAGUCUUGCAUGACCAACUGCGUGAACCGCCUGUUCGACUCAAACAUGGUGAUUCUGAAACAUCUGGAGACAUUGAGGGCGAACCAAUAG